CAUAGCUUGGGUUUCGCUGAGACUCUCCGAGCAACUGCAAGGACCUUCCGCGUGUUUUCGAAGGAACUCUUAAUUCUAACAGCUCCGGGAACCUCUAAUCUUCGGUAAACUUAUCCUAUCCCCGGAUUUAAUCAUUUAAAGAGGGAUUUACUUUCCAGCACAUCGAAUGGAAUAUAACCUGUCGAGCGGGGUUUUGACCGACUCGGACGCUCCAGAUCACAGCCCUAUGACUCUCUCGGAUUCCGGGACCCCACAAAGAGAGCCCAUCUGCAAAGCACACCAGGAUAGCAGCGAUAAUGAGAAAUCGCAGCAAAAUCAGACCGAUGAUUCGGAUUCAAAGGAUCCCACAAUCAAGAAGAAACAGAGACGCCAACGGACACAUUUCACAAGCCAACAACUUCAGGAGCUCGAGGCAACGUUUCAAAGAAAUCGCUAUCCCGAUAUGUCAACCAGAGAAGAGAUCGCUGUGUGGACAAACUUAACAGAGGCACGAGUGAGGGUAUGGUUUAAGAAUCGCAGGGCCAAGUGGAGGAAGAGAGAACGCAAUCAACAGGCCGAGUUUUGUAAAAAUGGCUUUGGCGCACAGUUUAACGGACUUAUGCAACCUUACGACGAUAUGUACUCCGGCUAUUCCUAUAAUAACUGGGCCACCAAGAGUUUGACGACCAGCCCUCUUUCGGCCAAGAGCUUUCAAUUCUUCAACUCGAUGAACGUUAGUCCCCUGUCCACACAGCCCAUGUUCUCUCCCCCCAGCUCCAUCUCCUCCAUGACCAUGCCGACCUCCAUGGUCCCUUCGGCCGUCACUGGGGUUCCGGGAACCAGCCUGAAUAAUUUAAGCAAUCUGAAUAACCUCAACGGCCCCUCCCUCAACUCGGCCAUGUCUGCCGGCGCCUGCCCUUACGCAUCGAGUGCCAACCCUUACAUGUAUCGGGACACCUGUAACUCCAGUCUCGCCAGUCUGAGGCUCAAGGCCAAGCAACACGCCAAUUUCGGUUACCCAGGAGUCCAGAACCAAGUGUCUAACCUAAGUCCGUGUCAAUAUGCUGUGGACAGACCUGUAUGAGUUUUAUUUCUUUUUAAACCAAUUCGGUUAAGCCCAAAUAUGACCAUCAAUGUAUGUUACCAGCCCCUCGACAGAGCUGGCUAAAACGAUAUCCGUUCACACGAGAAGACAACAUUCUCUUUCAUUUGAACCCGUUUAGAAAGCUUUCACGAAAGAGUGUUAUAUACAUAACUGUUGUAGACAAAUAUUUGCUAAUAUUAAUAUACAAUCCAAAAUAUGCAUGCCAUUACAACCCCGGCUUGUAGGUUGUAACGCGGGAUAUAAUGUAUAUAAUGAACUUUUCUUGUUUUCCUUUUUGUAUGUGAAUUAAUUAUCUGUAUAGUGUUUUAACAUGUAAAAAGAACGCAUGUCCUCUAACAGCAGACCUACGAGUAUCUGUCGCGCCUUGGUUAGAUUAGGAACGUACAGACUGACUGCGGUGAAUUAUUCACUGCUGUAUAUCAGUGCACAGCUCCAGUCCUAUAUCCCCGCAUCUUGUGAUACUUCACCCGGUGUCAUUUCUCUGUAUCAACCGAGACCUUUUAUUUUUUACAUUUAGCACAUCAAUCGUUAAUUCUUAGACCGCACCCCCCACAGUACAUCUUCACUUGUGAUCUUCGAUUCUCUGUAGGCCGUUAUAAUCAUUUUCUGUGUGUGUGUGUGUGUUUUUUUUUAAUUUGUCCGAUUCUCAUAUUUGUAACGGUUUGACUUGUCGCUUGAAGCUGACAGCUAUAGUGUUUCUCAUUCUAAUCUACUGUGCGCAACUUUUUUUCCAAAAGCCCAAAGUUUACAGAAAAGACAGCUUGAUUUGCACACUGUCUAACGCUUAAUAAA